UGGCUACCUCAAAGCCCUGACCUCAACCAUAUUGAGGACUUUCGUCAAUUUUUGAAUCAGGACUUCGAAAAUAAAAUGCAACCCCGGACCAUCGAAGAUUCAAGAACUGAAAAAAUGUUUAUCGAAGAAUGGAAGUUAAUCUCCGAAGAAAUAUAA